GGAAAUGAACAUAUUUAUCAAAAUGAAGAACAAUCUUAUUUUCUUAUUAGAUUGCUAACUCUAUGAAUAUUUUUUUCAACAUUGAACUUAGUACAUACGCACUCUGCUGGUGCAUUUUAAAACUAAUUCAUGUUCUAAUUAUUAAGCAUCAGCACAAUUCGGCAUUUUGCGGCACUGACUCGCAUUAUGCUUUGUAAUUGGAUAAUUACCAAUUACUUAUUUAGCAGGUCAUAAAAUUCCAAAAAAAAUGCAAAGAUGAAAGAGGAUCUAAAUAUAAUGUGGGAAGAUAAAAUGGAGAUCUAACCUACAUCAAGAUUUUUGUGCCCAUAAACCUCACAGGGGCUUUUUUUGUGAUUUAUUGAGAAUAAAAAAGCAUUGGAUGAAGAAACAAAAAAAGAGUAAAUUUGAUGUAUAUACUAGUUCGUACGUAAAAGGAGAAAAAAUGAAUGACGAAGAACUUCUGAACGUGAAAAGCCAAAUUUUGGACAUUUUUGGAGAACUGGAGGAGAAUAACCUCAGUGAAAUAGAAAAAUGGAUAACGUCCCAUGCAUACAAAAAAGAUUUGGAAAAAAAGAAAAAACUACAGAAGUUUGAAAAGAAAUUAGUAAAAAUAAGUAAAGUUCUGAGAGAAAUUGUGCCAUUCGAAGCAGAGAUGCAAACAGAAAAUAUUGUGCCUCCAACAGUAGGGGAUCAAGCAGAUUGUACAAAAAUUAACACUUGCCACGUUGAUGAGUUUCUUUAUGACGACAAAGAAGUAGAUGAGCUUGUACAAAAAGGAAAGCUGUCUAGAUUUUAUUGUGUAGAGUGCAAUUCAAGAAAUUGUAAGGAACUGAUAUUCAUCUCACACUCAAUGUCAACACAAAUGCUUCAGUAUAUUUUCAAUGUACUGUUACCAAAGGAUCUAGAAAAUAAACAAAUCCUAGAUGUGGGCUCAAGAUUAGGAGCAGUCCUCUAUGGGGCCUAUUAUUUCUCCAAUGUAUCAACAAUAAUAGGAGUGGAAAUGAAUAAAGAAUGUUGUGAUAUUCAAGAAACUAUAAUAAAAAAGUUUGCAAUGGACACAAACAGAAUUAAAAUAGUUCAUUCGGAUAUAAUGAAGAGAAGUGAUAUUGUACAGUGUUCCAAUAUUGUAGUCAUUAAUGUCCUCGACUUUUUUGUGGAUAUAGAGAAACAUAAAGAAAUGUGGUAUUUCUUUAAGAAGAAUAUAAAGUGUGGUAGUUACUUAAUAACCAAUAGAAGUAUGGUUGAUACAUUAACUAGUUUAGGUAUUUUUGAAGAUAUGUUGGAUUGGCUUACUAUAUGUAAAUGUAGCCAGUUUGAAAAUGAAAUAUAUUUUGAUAUUGAAGAUUAUAAAGAUUUACAUGUUUAUAUAGUUAAUAAGUAAGUCACACAAUAGUCAUGCAGAACUUGAUAUUUAAUAUACUCUUUGUACUGUGAUGUAAUCCUAAAAAUGAUUAUAAAUGCUAAAUAAUGUGA